CCGCUGCAGGUAGUUGCACUACUGCUGGUACAACCGAGUACCGGCACAUCCCCCGCGGUACGCCCUUUGUUGAUGGCGUGAGCUGCCCUGUGUGAUGAAUGGAUGUUUCAGCUCCACCAAAAGCCACCGCUCUGGCCGUUGCCUCGAUAACAGCAUCAGCUUUCAACCACCAACAUCCAGCACUUUUCUCCUUCUCAUCUUCUUUCUCUCUAUUAUUGUCUGCUACUUCGGAAUCUUUCUCUCAGCUUCAUCGCCAUCGCCAUCUCGUCAUCAAAUAACAGCUAUUCCUUACAAUGGAUCACAGCCAUCACAUGCAUUCCAUGGAGGGCCACGAAGGCCACGGCGGCCACGGUGGCAUGGACGAUAUGUGCAGCAUGAGCAUGCUCUUCACCUGGGACACGACCAAUCUCUGCAUCGUCUUCCGCCAGUGGCACAUCCGCUCCAACCUCUCCCUCGUCCUCUCCCUCAUCGCCGUGGUCCUCAUCGGCAUUGGCUACGAGUUUCUGCGCUCAGUCUCUCGUCGCUACGAGGCGUCUUUGGCGGCGCGGCUGGAAACUGUACCUAACGCCACUGCGCAUGCUUAUCGCGAUGAUGAUGAUGAAAACGUUACUGAGACACCCGCCUUCCUCCGCUCAGGACAGAACCGCGAAAGCGUCAGCAAGCGAGGCCACGUCAUCAAAGCUACGCUCUAUGCCAUUCAGAACUUUUACGCCUUUAUGCUCAUGCUCGUCUUCAUGACAUACAAUGGCUGGGUCAUGGUGGCUGUCUCGCUGGGUGCCUUCCUCGGCUACCUCUUGUUCGGCCACUCUACAUCGGCCACAAAGGAUAACGCUUGUCAUUAG